ACGUAGACUCAAUGUGCUGGUUUGGAAACCCCAUGCAAUACGUUUCCCCGUACGCUCGGAACUUGGCUAAUUUGAGUAAAGUAAUACUUCGCUUGUUAUUACUAAUCCUUAAGCAACUCGAAAUGCGACAUUAAGCAGCCGAACCUAACCGCCAGAUUGGAAGGGAUUGAUUAACUGUCACGUUUUCAGAGAAAUAGAAAGUAAUAUAUAUAUAUAUAUUAAUUCAAGCAAUUUUAUUAGUGCGAUAAUUAAUUUAUGUAUAUGUUAAACUAACUGUGAGGAAACGUAUCUCUUAAUAAAGUUACCUCUCAACAAUCAACUCACACAAUAACAACAAAACACGUCGAGCGGUAGCGGCGAGGAACAUUGACGUUGAUCAGUUACGAACCUAACAAUGACUGAUUGAAGAACAGUGAUUGCUCAUCGGAGGUGAGUUUGCUACGCCCCGUCAAUCCCCAAUUGGCUCUCGCUAUUGUCAGUCAAGACUGUCCCCACACUGAGGCCAUCCGUCACGGAGCAAGGAAACGUCUGGAGGGGAACGAUGCCCUUCCGUAUCUAGCCCUAACGCGAAACGUAAACCUGAUCUCGUAGCGCUCGGACACAGCCGUUUGCUUUUCUCCCGUGACUGAAGGCGCGCGUACAAAGUGAGCAUGAAAUAGAUAACUCGUAUAGAGUGCUAAAAAAAAAAGGAUUAUUAAUUAUAUAUUUUCAAAUACUACGAAGUGCUUCUUUUCGGCUUAAUACAAUACUGUAUAUGCAGAAAUCCUGAUCUACGGAUGAAACACGUCACCACACAAUGUUGGAAUGAUCUACCACCAGAAGAUGUUAUAGACCAGUGACGUCAAAAUAGCGGCAAUGACUGCUAUGGCUACGGCAAUGGACAGACAUAUACAACAAACAAAUGAACGCCUUCAAUGUAUUAAAGAGGCUUUAGGAUCACCAGCUGGUUUCCAGAGUGCAGCAAGAGAAUUGUUGGAAUGGUGUAGUGACUCUCGAGCUUUCCAGAAGGUUUUUGAACAGAAUCUAAUUGCCUGCUUAACGGUAGUCAACAGGGUAGCUGCCCAGCAGGGGUUCGAUCUUGAUCUGGGGUACCGAUUAUUAGCUGUCUGUGCUGCACAACGAGACAAGUUUUCCUCUAAAUCAGCAUCACUUCUAACGGUGUGGUGCGAAGAUCUUGGCCGAUUGUUACUUUUGCGUCAUCAGAAGACACGAGAAGGAGACGGAUUAUCUAAACUGCCACCUGGUAUGCAUCAGCCUCUUCAGAAGACCCUUCCUCCAGGAAUUCAGGGUGAAUCAACCAUGACUGCUUUAAGGUGGCAGCAAACACCUCCCAAUGGCCAUGGUUCCCAGCAACUAUCUGUUGUCACAACUGUUUGGGGAAUGUCUCCCAACACACAAAGUGGUCCUUUAGCCCAUAACUCCUACAAUGGCACAAACACAUCGGCAUCUCAAGGUCCAUAUUCACAAGGUCAACAUGGUUAUCCUGGAGUAAUGACUCCUAAACCUUAUCCCCCUCAGGGCAUGCCUUCUAGACAACCAACACCAACAUAUAAUGGGUACAGACAUACUCCAACACCUAUGGGCACAGCCAUUGGGCCAAGUAUGACAAAUGGUGGACCAGCUGCUGGUGGAGACUAUCAAGGAUCCUCAGCUGCUCUGAAUGCUGCCACUCUUGUAGCAAGAGCUGCAGCUGCUGCCACAGCAACAGCAACAGCUACAGCCAGUGUGGUAGCCUUUCAGGAUCAGCACCAACAUGAGACAGACAUGGGUAAUCAGUAUCAUAAUCAGAUGCAAAACAUGCCAAGUCAACAGUUUCAGCAAGGAUAUGGUCCACCAGGCCCACAGCAGAUGUCCUCAGGCCCACCAGUGGGGAAUCACAUGAGCAACCACAUGAACAAUACUGUGGGAGGGCCAAUGUCAUCAAUGCCUGGAUCCAUGAUUCCCAUUAAUUCUUCUGCAAUGAGCACAGCUAAUACCAUGAAUCCCCAGAUAGCUAUGAAUGGGUCAAUUGGAGUGAACAAAAGUGGAAUGCAAGGAGUGCAAAAUAUAGGAGGAUCUGGACAACCCAUGUAUCCAUUGCCAUCUCCUGCAAUGGGACCCCAGACCCGUGCUCGGUCAGCCCCAUACCCUAAUCCAUCUCAAUACAUGGUUCAGAAACGACAAGCACAGUAUGGUACUGUUAUGGCUCAUCAGUAUGGCCCAAGUAUACAGCAGUAUGGGCCUGUCUCUCAACAGCCAUACAACACAGCUCAAUUUUCUGGGGGUCAGGGAAUACAGUAUCCAAAACUGCCCCCUCAGUUUCCACCCUCUAUACAACAGCAGCACCUCCCUUCAAGUGGCUAUCCUCCUCAACAACAGAUGCGACAAUCCAUGAGACCUCAGGCACCAGCAUAUACACCCCAACAGGAACAUUAUUAUACACAGAACCAUAUGAAUGGAGUCCCUCAACAGACACCAUAUGGAAAUCAUUACGUGGGACCACAGAGCUUUCAGAGAAACAUCAACUACCAACAUUCACCAAUUCCUGGAAACCCAACUCCACCAUUAACACCAGCUUCUAAUAGCAUACCUCCCUAUAUAUCGCCAAAUUCAGGUGACAUAAAACCAUCAUAUCAAGACAUCAAACCACAAAUACCUCCAACAAAAGACGAUGAGCUGAGGCUGACAUUUCCUGUCAGGGAUGGGAUUAUCUUGCCUCCUUUCAGAUUAGAACACAACUUAGCUGUUAGUAAUCACUUCUUCCAACUGAAGCCAUCUGUCUACCAAACACUGAUGUGGAGGUCUGACCUGGAGCUACAGUUGAAGUGCUUUCAUCACGAAGACCGACAGAUGAACACUAACUGGCCAGCAUCAGUGCAAGUGUCUGUGAAUGCCACUCCAGUACCUAUAGACAGAGGAGAGAAUAAGACAUCUCACAAACCUCUGUACCUGAAAGAUGUGUGCCAGCCAGGUCGCAACACAAUACAAAUUACUGUCACAGCUUGUUGUUGUUCCCACUUAUUUCUGCUACAUCUUGUACACCGACCGACAGUGCGCUCAGUACUUCAAGGACUCCUACGGAACAGGCUUCUUCCAGCAGAGCAUUGUAUAUCUAAAAUUAAACGAAACUUUAACAGUGUAGCAGCAACAAAUAGUACAAUGAAUGGUGAAGAUGUUGUAGAACAGACAGCUAUCAAAGUAUCACUCAAGUGUCCAAUUACCUUUAAAAGGGUAACAUUACCUGCAAGAGGGCAAGACUGUAAGCAUAUACAGUGUUUUGACCUCGAAUCUUACCUCCAAAUGAAUUGUGAAAGAGGAGCUUGGAGAUGUCCAGUCUGCAAUAAAACUGCAUAUCUUGAAGGGCUAGAGGUAGAUCAGUAUAUAUGGGCCAUCUUAACAAAUCUUAGUAAUUCUGAGGUAGAAGAGGUAACAAUGGAGGCCACUGCUAGUUGGAAACCCAUCUCGCCAAAACAAGAGCAUGACCAAGAUCCCUGUGCUGCUCAAAAGAAAUUUAAAGCAAUGUCUCCUGGUAGCAUGACAAUGCCAACAACAAGUACAUGGGAAGUGGGACAAGCAUUAUCACCUUAUUCUGCCAUGCCUCCUCCAGAUAUGCAGUCUAUAGCUAAUGGAUCAAUUACCAAUGGUCAUAAUCUUCCAAAUGGCAUGAAUUACAGAGGAAUGAAUGGAAGUUAUGAAUUUUCUUCAGACUAUGGAAGUCCACUUUCACGUCUUAAUGACAGUGUUGCUUCUUUAGAUCCUCUUGUUGCAAUGGAAAAAUCACUAAACCAGCAAAUGUGCCCUCCUGGUAUGCAUGAUCAAAGCAGCCAACAGAUGUCUCAUCCAGCCACCUCUGCUUCUACUCUCGGGACCAGCCAAGGUCACCAGUCAUCCAACUACCAACAGAAUGCACCCCUUACCCCAUCAUCUACACAAAACCAAGGCAUGAUGCAGCAUGGUCCCAACACACCACACACACCUCAUACUCCUCACACCCCUGGUAAUGGAGGACCUCCAAGCAUUCCACCUCCAUCUGUUGGAACUCAUGGAAACAGCAUUGAAGCCAAUAACAACAACAGCAAUUCAAAUCCACCCAAUAGUCAGCCUUCAUCUGUGACCAAUGAUAACUCACUUUCUCAUACUGCUGAUCUCAGUGACCUCAAUUUUGAUCCUGCUGCUGUUAUUGAUGGUGAAGGUCAAGGUCAGGAAGGACUUAAUUUGUUACCAGAAAGUGUAGUGGACCCCAUGGAGCUAUUAUGUUAUCUUGAUCCUCCUGAGAUAAGCACUAGUGGGAAUUCUAGCACAACCUCAGGAAGUACAACCAACACAACAACAGUCAACAGCAGUGCUACAACGUCAACCUCAAAUAGCACAAAUGAUGAUAUUCUGGCAUUUUUUUGAGUCCUAAGUGCAUUUUCAAAAAUUAUAAUCACUAUGUCAUAAUAAACAAUGAAAUGUAUAAAACUGAUUGGAACUGAACAAUAAAUCCAAAAGUAUAUGGAACCCAAGUACAACUUGAGGUUAAAAUCAUUACCAGUUUCACAUUGAAUAAGUAUUUAACAUUUCAUGAUCAAGGAUCCCAUAUAUCAAUAACUUGAGCUGAGUUCCUAUGUGUAUCGUUAAACUCCACCAGGUACAGUGCUCGGAGCUUGUGUCAUGCUUCAAAGUGACUUUUUUUGUUACCUCAUGUUUCUGAACUGCACAAACGGGUGAUAUGUUCAGUGCUCUCGAUAAUAGUAAAAAAAAUAAACAAAAAGUGUAGUGAUUUAUUAACCAGUGUCUUCAUUUUUAACCAGAAGGACAUGACCCAAAGUGUUAUGCAAAGUUGAACUUAAAGGAAAAGGUAUGAAAGAGUGGUUUCUGUAAGGAAAAGAUUUCUUUGUUGAAGAAAAGGUGACGAUUUUGAACAAUAGGUGCAUGUUAUGUAAAUUUUGCCCCAGGUUACAGCUUCAAGACAGCUUUUAUGUACUGUACUUAUGUAUGUGGGAAUGUGUAUAUAUAUAUAUAUGAUCAUGGUAACUUGUAAUAUGGUGUCUUGUUUUGUGCUGUAUAUUUAUUCAUUGUCUGUCUCUGCCAGCAAGUUUGUUAAUGCUUUCAAACUGUCCAGCCAAAAUGUUGAUGCAAUCAGAAGUAUGCAUUAUAUGUUUAUUGUUUAGUUCUUGCUCUGCAUUACACUCAUCGAACUGAUUAGUAAUCACUAUUGUACUGCCACGAAUUUUAGGCCAAAGAAAACAUUAAACACUGGUGUUCAUCACUUCCAGUUGUCCAUCUACUUCAGUCAUUGUCAAUGAUGUAGUACUCUCAUUGCAUCUAAUUUAACCUGCAAUGUAGCAUGAAGUUUAUUUUGUAAUGUUUAUAUUGUUGAGUAUCUAAGCAUGGUACUGCUUAUAUUUUCUUUAAAGUGACCUGGGAUUAGAAGGCUUGAUGGGGAAAAACAUUAUUCAUGUAUUGUCAGAGUUGCUGUGCUGUCAUACUAGACAAUGAUAUAUACUGUAGUAAAUUCUGUACAAUUUUACAAAUUUUUCUAUUUUCUCUCUCUUUCUGAAUGUAUGUGCUCUCUAUUUGUUUUUUAUUUUCUCAUCCUCAUACUUGCUAUGGUCAGUAUGAAUAGACCACUUACAUCCUUGGCAGAAUAACUGUACUGGUUUUCCCAUCCAGUUUAUUUGACAUUUUUGGGCUUUGCUUAAUUUAUGUUUUCUCCUCUAUUUCACAAAGUGUUGUAUGGUUUAAGUAUGUUUUUAAGGCACAACCAGGUUACAAAUAUGGUUAUAUUUAAAAUUGUUGUAUUUUCUGCAAUUGUUUCUGUUUUGUAGGGUUUAGAACAAACAUUUUAGCACAACAAAAUUUUAACAAUAUAAGCUGCUUUUAUAUGCACCUGAAUGACAAUGAUUUGAAAUCAUGAAAUAUGCAGUUUUUCACACAUAUAUUGAACCAUUUCUUGUAAUUUUUUAUUGUUAUGUCCUGCUGAUGUAGAUAUGCAUAUUUAUAUAAUAAAGAUUUUAUGUUACAACA